AGUGGAGAGGAGCUUAACGAUGGAUGCAGCCCUGUCUGAAGUUCAAAGUGAAAUUGAACGGAUUUUUGAAUUAGCAAGGACACUUCAGUUGGUAGUGCUUGAUGCUGAUACCAUUAACCACCCAGCUCAACUAAGCAAAACCUCUCUGGCUCCCAUUAUAGUAUAUGUAAAGAUUUCUUCUCCUAAGGUUUUACAGAGGUUAAUAAAAUCUCGAGGGAAAUCUCAGGCCAAACACCUUAAUGUUCAGAUGGUGGCAGCUGAUAAACUGGCACAGUGCCCUCCUGAAAUGUUCGAUGUAAUACUUGAUGAGAACCAGCUUGAAGAUGCCUGUGAGCACCUUGCUGACUAUCUGGAAGCCUACUGGAAGGCCACACAUCCACCUAGCAGCCAUCCUCCUAACCAGCUUCUCACUCGCACACUUGCAACAGCCACAGCCACUCUUCCUAUUAGCCCAGGUCCAAAUAUUAAUUUACAGCAGGGAUCUCAAGGAGACCAGAGGAAUGACCAUUCAGUCCCUGAACGCAGGAGUUCACAAAUUGAAGAGGAAGCACGGGUUGAACCCAUCAAGAAAUCCCAGCAUCGCUCUUCCUCAAGCCAACACCACAACCAUCGCAGUGGUGUUAGAAGCCUUUCUAGGCAAGAAACUUUUGACUCAGAAACACAAGACAGCAGAGAUUCGGCUUACGUAGAGCCAAAGGAGGACUACUUACAUGAGCAUGGUGAUCACUAUGAUUCUCACAGGGAUCACAAUCAUAGAGACGAGUCCCACGGGAGCAGUGAUCACAGACAUAGAGAAUCAAGGCAUCGGUCAAAGGAGAGGGACCGCGAGCAGGACCACAAUGAAUGCAACAAACAGCGUAGUCGUCAUAAAUCGAGGGACCAAUAUUGUGACAAGGAUGGUGAAGUGAUAUCAAAAAGACGUAACGACGCAGGAGAAUGGAACAGGGAUGUUUACAUCCGCCAGUAACUUUUGCCUCUGGCAGUCUUAUGAUUCCUUGAAGUCUUGUAACAAUGCCCCUUGAAAAACAUCUCCGGGUUCUUCAUUGCAGAACAUAUGGUAUCCUUCUGUAUGCUGAUUUGUAUUGCUGUUGCUUGCAUAGCAAUAGCAUGAAAUAGAAUACUCAUAUACUUAUUUUUUUUGUUAGUGCUAUAUGAAUUAGCGUAGUACAACUGCAGAGUUCCUGGUGUUGUACUACGCCAUUUUUCAAGCUGUUUUUUGGUAGCUGCCACUUGAACAAUAUCUGUUGCCAUCAAGGUGUUGUUAGUGUUUUUUAAAAAAAAGGUACACUUGAUGUUUAAUAACUUCCCGUGUAUUUAGCAAGCCAGAAUCAGCACAUAAAAAAAAAAUCUAAAUCUUUUUUUGUCUGCUCUGAUUCUUAAUUUGUACGCACUUGAUUUGCAUAUUGAUUUAAGAGCCACAUCUGUUGCUUGUACCUCUGGUGGACUCCCAUUUGAAGACAGAAUUCAGUCUUGCCUUACACGCAGGGGAUCAUAAGUCAAAAUCUAUUUUCUAUGUACUGGUACUGUGUACUGUAUAUACAGUUUAUAAAUGUUAUUUCUGCAGACACC